UUUUGUAAAAUUAUUUCGCUUAUAUAAAUUUCAAUUCCUAAAACCCUUUCAGUUUUGGGCUACUCUCAUCUGAUUGUCACCUUCUCUUCUUACUUUGAUUUCACUCACCUGUCUCUCUCUCUCUCCUUCUCACUCUCUCCUCCUUAUUCUGUGUUUGUGUAUCUGCAUGUUAAGCUUCUAGCUUUAUCUCUGCUCUUUUUGGUUGAUCGUCUAUUUCUCCAAAAUUUGCUCCCUCAACUCCUCUCAAAUCCAGAAGUUUCAUCUCCCUCUGUGGGAAAUGCAUGAGAUGGAUCAUUGGGUCCCUGAUUCUCUCCCUAGUUUUGCCAAAAAACUUCAUAUCUUGGUGGUGGAUCAUGAAACCUUAUCUCUCAAGCACUUGAGUUCAUUGCUUAGGCAACAGUCUUACAAUGUUACGACCACUGGACUAGGAUGUAUUGCUCUAUCAAUGAUUCAAGAAAAAGGUGAUCAGUUCGACCUUGUCAUGGCUAACGUUAGCAUGCCUGAUAUGGACAGUUUUUCGUUCUUGCACAUGCUCCUUAAGAUGAAUAUUACUGUCAUCUUUAUGUCUUCAACGAUGAACUUGAAGGUGGCUACGAAAGCAUUGGCAGAAGGAGCGUGUUAUUUUCUUCAGAAACCUAUUUCUAAAGAUGAUCUCAAAUAUGUAUGGCAACACGUGUAUCGCAGUAACAUAAACAUUGCCAAGUUAACCGAUAAAGCAAAUUGCGUAGAUAAAGCCAAAUAUGGACAAGAAUUUGUCGGUUUCCAAAAUGGCAACCCUGUCGUUUUGUCUCAGUCCACCGAUGCAGCUAGUUAUAAUAAUAAUUAUAGUAUUAACUAUCAACUUAUGAGCCAUAACGAAAAAGUGCAAAAUAUGUCAACUAAUUCCCAUGAUACCUUAGUUGCUUCAUACUUUGAAGGAGAGAGAUCAGCGGAUGACGACGUAGAAGGAACAAACAAGGAGGAGAGAGUUACAUAUUACUCAAAACCUACCAAUUUUGGACAUACAAAAGCUGAUGAGGAUAAUGGAAGAGGGAAGGAAUAUUAUAUUUCCCGUAAUACCAGAUCACGUAUCGUUUGGAAUUUGGAACGACGUCGCAAGUUCUCUGACGCCCUCAACAAGCUAGGUGAUAAAUGUCGCCCAAAACUUAUACUUAAGUUGAUGAAUGAGCCAUGCUUGACCCUGCGCCAAGUAGCCAACCACCUACAGAAAUACAAAGCACAAGUAGAGUCCAUAAGAAAGGGGAGAAAAAAUAAAUUAGCUCCAAGGAUGGAAGCAUCCAAAUUCGAUUGCUCAGUCACGACUCAACUUCCUCCGUCGGUGCAAAGGCACCAGAAUCAUGAGGCAAACAAUUCUAUACAGCAGAAUCACGAGGCAAACAAAUCUACACAGCAGAAUCACGAGACAAACAAAUCUACACAGGGAGGUUCAACCUCUCUUUCAGGAGGGAAAAGAUUCCGACUUAUUGCUCCUAAGCCUCCGCUUAAUCCUAGACUGCUUGUUAGCGCCAACUUUGUAAAUCAUGGUCUUAGAAUGCUUGACCACAAUUUUCAGCAUGUUGCUUCAAACUACAAUUCAGUUCCAUAUAACAUCAAUAAGACGACUCCAGAGGUAACUUCUUAUCGUGCAUUUGAUGAAAUUCAGUUCCCAGAUAUACAUCAAGUUGAUGCAGCUCAGCAACUAGAAGCAAUGGAAUUUUGUGGUACAUCAGAAGGGAUUCAGUUGAUGUCAAAGAACAUCGCUUUACCUGGUUCAACCAACUUGGACAAUAUUGCUGCAAAUUUUGGAAAUGAAGGAAUCCAACAACAAUUUGCAGAAUAUGAUUAUCUCUUAAAUGUUUUAGAAGACGAUCCAUACGACUUUCGCAACGACUUUAGUCUGAGUGAUGUAGAUAAAUACAGCGAGUGGCUAAGGAACACUAUUCUCGAAGACGAAAGCGGUCUAGAUAGCUUUAUCAAUGACGAAGCAGAAAACUUUCCAGUUGAAAUCAAUCCAUAAAUAGGUAUGUUUUACUUCUGCAAUGUUCUCAAUGCCAUAAAAAUCUUUGAUAAACUAAAAGUUAAAGAUUUAUUCUUAGUUGCAGGUUGAAGAGUCUUAAGAAGCGGGAUAAACAGUCUAACUCUCAAAACAAAUAUAUACGAGAGACUAAGAAUUAGAAUAUCAUAUAUUAGAAUUGAGCUCAAUAUCUUCAACAAACUUAAAGCAAGACUUUCUUCCGGUUCAAAAUUGAAGAUUCAAUCUCGAGAACA